AUGGCCGCUGCUCCCCCCUCCACGGCCAUUAAUAUAAACGGCGUUGCUAUCCCUCCACGUACCUCGUCCGCGCACUCAACCUCUUAUUCUCCGCCGAACCUCUCUAAGACAGCAGCGUCCCGCUCUGCUCCUGACUCUGCCCCUGACCAUCGGCCGUCAGCAACAACCAACGACCACACCCAGCCGUCAAUCCCGUCCGGCCCGUACCCUCCUCCCGCGCACCACCACACGCGCCACCGGAGUCGCAAGGCGUCAUUUACCACUCCCGCGCUUUCAAACACACCGGCCUACUCCCAACAACCAAUCCCCAGCCUCAGCAUGUCCCUCACGCCGCAACCUCCCCCUGACCCGAACCGGUUCGCGACCGAAGAGUUCCUCGCGCAGAUUCAUAAGCGGCCUUGGCCUGAAGACAAGGAGAAGGUCCUCACAGGGCCGUUUGACUACCUCAAUGGACACCCCGGCAAAGAUUUUCGGACAGCGCUGGUGAAGGCGUUUGAUGCCUGGCUGGAGGUGCCGCCCGAGAGUUUAGAAGUUAUUACUCGGGUAGUGAGCAUGCUGCAUACAGCGUCGUUGUUGGUUGAUGACGUCGAGGAUAAUAGUCAGCUGCGAAGAGGGUAUCCCGUCGCGCAUGCGAUCUUCGGCGUGCCGCAGACGAUUAACAGCUCGAAUUAUGUUUACUUCCUGGCGCUGCAGGAGCUGCAGAAGUUGAAGAAUCCUCGUGCAGUGUCUAUUUAUGCCGAAGAGUUGGUCAACCUGCAUCGCGGACAAGGAAUGGACCUCUACUGGCGCGACUCGCUGGUCUGUCCGACCGAAGACGAGUACCUCGAGAUGGUCGGCAACAAGACGGGCGGGCUGUUCCGGCUGGGGAUCAAGCUAAUGCAGGCGGAGUCUCGCAGUCUGAUUGACUGCGUGCCGCUGGUGAAUAUCAUUGGGCUGAUCUUCCAGAUCGCGGAUGAUUACCAUAACCUGUUCCAUCCGACGUACACGGCGAAUAAGGGCAUGUGUGAGGAUCUGACGGAGGGGAAGUUCAGUUUUCCGGUGAUUCAUAGCAUCAGGGCGAACCCGAACGACCGGACGCUGCUGAGUAUUUUAAGGCAGAAGACUACGGAUGAGGAGGUCAAGCGGUAUGCGGUUAAGUAUAUGGAGGGAACGGGGAGCUUUGAGUACACGCGGCGCGUGGUUGAUGUGUUGAUUCAAAGGGCGAGGAAGAUGGCUGAUGAGAUUGAUGAUGGGAGGGGGAAGGCCGGCGGGGUGCACCAGAUAUUGGACCGGAUGGUGAUCAAGUAUGAUGAGAGAUGA